AUGGAAUGCACUGAUGAUGCCCUUGCCUUGGACACAUUGCAGACAUACCAAGAAACCAACAACAAAAUAACACUUAACAUCAGAGGCUGGCAAAAGCAUAACUUCCUGAGUGGAGGAACGGGCCAUAUUCUGUGUGCACAGCUAUCUAACGGUCGUUUUCGGUCAGGUCCCGACUGUCGGCGUCUGUCAGAGGGGACAAGACUCUCCAAUCAGUGGCCAUUUCUGAGGGGUCAUAGUUUACCCUCACCCCAGCAAGCCCGGGGAGCCUACACGGGUUCUGUUUCAUGCCGCAGUUACCGCCGAGGGGUAGCCUCUCUUGCCUACUUCCUCUAUACUGCUUGCAUUCCCUGCGGUCUACCACUGUGGACCUCUCUAAAGCCUUUCUGGGGAGAUACACUCUACUAUGCUUACCGGUUCCCCAGCCCAGGUCCACAGCGGCGCGUCGGGUUCCUUCCAUCCUGCGCCCCAUUUUCGUCCGCCUCUCCCCACCACCACCGUGGGUUGGACUUGCCUCAGGGUCCUCUGCCGCACCUGCCUCAGAAGCGCGGAGCGCGCAUAAAGUCCCGCUCGCUGUCCUCUCUUUCUGCGCGUUCGGGGGCCGUGCGGCGACCUCCUUGCCGCGGGAAGGACGCGGCGGCAGACGGGGUACCAUCCCGCCCUGGGGCCGCCAAGGUUCAUACAUUUCUCUCGUCGCGCCAAGCAAAGGAUAAAGAGGGUGCCAUCAGACAUUCCGGCGGAAGAUGGCACUCGCCUGAUUAUCUGGCAGCACUAUACACUGCACACGAUGGUGUACGAAAGCUUCCGCACCGAUGCUGGGACACACCUUCAGUGAAAAGAGAGCUUGUGUUCAGAAGUUACUUUAGAUCAAGUCUCAGAUCCAGAUUGGGGAAGAAUAGCCACCAAGUAGAACGAGGCCUCGCCCAAGCCAAAACUAUCAGCCUCACAGCCAGGACUACUACAGAACUUGACCUGAGUCCAGUGCGACACAAGAGUCCUACACCCAAGAGUAAAGAUAGUUUGUCAUCACCACUGCCAGUUGUGGAGAAGACACUAGAGGUGCCUUGUGAAGAUGGUCCCUUGACCAUUAGCCUCACCACAGGCCAGGAGAGCGAAAACUGGCGUACCUUAGCUAAGAGGAAGCCCCUGUUUUGCACAUCUCUUUCCCUGAGAAGAGCUAAACGUAAAAUCAAAACAAAGCGUAACAUGGAUGAAAGUAGGAAAAAGUGGUUAGCAAAGGAGAGGAGGUCAUUGUUUGGAACAGAGUCAACAGAAAGGCCAAUAACUAGAGCCCUUGAAAGAUUAAAAAGCAAAACAGUUUCUGCAGCACUGGCAUCAAUGGAAAAAGUUAGUGUUAACUGUGACCCACCUUUCCCGACCGAUGAAAGUGGAUCAAAGUGCAAUGGUGACAAAGAAAACAUACUGUUGCAAAAAAGUACAUCCUCAGAAGAUAACCCCAAAAUAUCCAUAUCAGUUAAAUCCACUUCUAGCAGUACCAAAGACUCUGCUGUAUGGGAACUUUCAGAGAAGAGAACAUCUGAUGGCAAGUUUCAAGAAUCAUCAGAUGAAGUAAAAUUUCCUGCAAUAAGCCCUUUGUCUCUAUUUACAUUGCCCCCUGUAAAAGAGCGGGAAAAACAGACUCGGACUACAUUAACCCUCGAAGAAAAAGUGAAAGUGAUUGAGGCAUUUUUGGAUGGUAAAUCCCAGCGGCAGAUUGCACACAUGUAUGGAAUUGGGAAAACUCAGGUUAGUGGAAUAAUCAAGAGGAGGGAAGAAAUUCUCACUAUAUAUAGAGAUAGCCUUCUCAGAGGUGAGAAGCUAACUAUGAAGAGACAGCGCAAGAGUGAAUAUGCAUUGUUGAAUCAGCACCUCAUUCAGUGGUAUAGGCACAUGACUGUAGUUGCAGGGGUUAAGAUUACUACAGGAAUGCUUCGAGCAAAAGCCCUACAAAUUGCACCUGAACUUGGUUAUCAUGAUUUUAAAGCAUCAAAUGGAUGGCUUGCCACAUUUAAAGCUAAUAAUAACCUGAAAUUCUCCAAACAGAGAAAAUCUGAUUCUUGUGAUGAGCAGGGAAAUGCUGAGAAUGAUUCCGGUAAUAACAGGGAUGAUGAUGAAUCCUUUUUUGAAGAUGGAGAAGGGGAUAAUUCUACUAGUCACUUACCAAUCAUAAAGCACAUUGCAGGGCCAAGCAAUAUGACCCCAGGUUCUACAAACCAUGAAGGAGGCAAUUCUGAAAUUACCCUUAAUCGCAAUUCACAGCCUGGGGAUUCUUCAUCAGCCACGCAGGCUGACCAGGGAACGUCCCUUCUUCAUCCUGGUCUUGCUGCUGCAGGGGUGUCUAAAGCACCACAGAUGGUUAACACUACCUUAGGUGCUAACCUAACUGCUGCUGCAUACAACUUAUCACGAGAUCUAACACGAGAUCUCACUCGAGGAGAUGCCACUACUGCUGGUGAUCUCUCAACUGCAGCCAUGAACUCUAGUCCUCUUAACCACCCUGUCUCAGCACUAAAUGUUAGUCGUGCAGUUAUUGACAAUUCAUUAAGUAAACCGUCAGAUACAGCCCUCUCAACAUACAAGUCAGAGGAGCCAAUAGGAUAUGGAUAUGACCCACAAAACCGCAUGACAGAUACUAGUAGUCGUGGUACAGAAUAUAACUACACUCCUUAUGGAUUUCCUGGGGGAUACUAUGGCUAUCACUUUCUAGGACAGUAUUAAUAUAGGUGUACAUGUGUGUGUGUGUCUGCACCAAAACUUAUGUGCUUGUGUGAUCAUAUUUAUAUUUCUUUUAUACCAAUUUCUCAAAUGUUUACUCUACUUGUAUUGAUGAAAACUACAAAGUAAAUGUCAAUCUC